AAGUGUUAAAUAAUUCGUUGCCAGUAGAGACCUGCUGUAAGAUUGUUUAUGCAACCCUGAAUUCUCAUUUGUUUAUAUUAAUUUAGUUGUGCAGACAUAUGAAUUUCAAUGUUUUCUAUUCCUCAAGUCUAUUUACUGAAACCGGUGAUUGAAAUAUUGCAUCGAAGCAUAUGUAGGAUAAAAAGCAAAUCGGGUUAAAAACGAAAUCAACUUAUUAAUUAAACAAAAUUAAGAAGAAAAGAAGUAUAUUAUUUCUUUCAAAUAGUAGAUUUAAGGCGACCAGUAUGAAACUACCGCAAAAGGAAGUUGAAUGUAAAAUUCAGACGUUACCACCCAACCCUGAAGGAGCUGGCGGACCCGAAAACCCUGAAGAAAAUUGGGAUUUAUUGAUAAAAAUGAUUUUGGAUGCUUUCUGGAAACUAUGGGUCCAAAUAAAGCUUCUAGCAUCAUUUGUAAUGGUUGAUCUUGGCGGUUAUCAAUUGCUCGACAGGCUUGUGCAAUGGAGCGUCAGAAAUCCUCAUAAAGCCAUUUGUAUUUUUGCAGCUUUUUUGGCAUUUUUAUUGCCAUUUUUGUUAAUGUUGGGUAUUGGACUUUCGACUCUAUUGAUGACACUCACCGGAUUUUUAGUUUUAGAAGGUGUAAUAUUGACCAUAAUUGCAAUGCUACUGAUUGGUUGUUUGGGUUCCUUAAUUUUAGUGAUGCUAUUUUUAAAGCAACUAAAUCGAGCAUAAAAUAAGGUUUUAAGAAUUUUUUUUAUGAAAUUCUGGAAAGAACUAAUGAAGACAAAGUAAAGUUAGAAACAGUAAUUAAAUGAUUGGUGUGCACUUGAAAA